CUGUCCGCUGUCCCCACGCUCCCGCACGGCACGCCGCACAGCAGAACACAGACGGCGCACGCGCGGUGGCGACAUCGCCCGCUUCCUUCCAACUCCAGUUUUUCCCACCCAAACCCUAGAGGCUAGCGGCGGCGGGACUCCGGCGAGGGCGCGUGGCGGCGACAACGGCGUGCGCUGGGGCGGCGGCCAUAUCUGGCUGGGGCGGCUAUUAGGUUUUACGCUGUUAUUUUCUUUUUUGGCAGCCCUUGGUAUUUUGAAUACCAAAUUCUGAGCCCGCCUGCCGAUGAGCAAGAAGAGGAAGUCUCUGAAUCCAGCCAACUCGUUGAAGGGCAGCAAAGGAGUAUUAGCGUCAGAUUUCAUCAGUGGGGACGAUCUUGAUGACCUAUUGUCAAAGCUUGUUAGGACUGUGGAGAUUGCUAAGGCUUCAAGGGGAAGCUUACCUGAAAAGAUAUGGAUGAAGCAACAAUUUGCUAUCGGGGUCAAUGAUGUCACAAGGGUUCUCGAGCGAAUGCCACAUUCUGUUACUGCUUCUCAUUCUACUCAAAGGUCUAGUGAAGCACCAACUGUCUCAGGCCGACGUCAAGCUCCUUUGGUGCCAUUGCAGGCUGUCCUUGUAGCUGCUGACUGCAACCCCAAAUGGUUAACAAAACACAUACCAGCACUAGCAUCUACAAGGCAGGUACCAGUGUUUUGCGUGAAGGACAACAAGGGAGGCUCACUAAGGUUAGGUCACGUGGUGAAUGUCAGAACAGCACUUGCCAUUGGAGUAAAGGCCAAAGAUAGCAUAGUCAACAAGACUAUCGAUGAGGUCCUGAAGGAUAGUAAGCUGGUUGCCAAUGAAGUAACUCCAAGUCCAGUAACAUGUUUGGACUAAAAAGCUUGUACUUCUGGGCGUGCAACAUCCCAGGGUCAUCUAAUAGAUGGGUUAAAAUGGACAUAUAGCAAAGAAGUUUUAAGUAUCUUAGCAAAUUGUGGCAAUAUCAAUCUAACCCUGACACUUGAAUAGUGUACCUAGAUACCCACUGUGAUCUUGAACUUGCUUAUUGGGUACAUUUUUUUUCUUUAGGCUCUACAACAGUACAUUUUUUUUCUUGUUUUGCUAGCGGUUGAUUGUUGUGGCUUGGUGGCCACUAACAUUAUGUUGGCGAUUGUGGUCUAUUGUUGUUAUAUGUUUUCGUUUUUGUAUUUGUAUCUGUCUAUUUAUCC